UUAUAAAUGCUUGUUGGGCUGCGAUUCGUUCCACCUUCCACACACUCACGAUCUGGCAAGUCCUCGACCUUCGCUGCGGCUUUAAUGAAAGCAGUGUGUCAAACAACGGUGUUUACGCUGGAGCUCUGAAAAAAGACAAGGGGUGCUCCGGUUAAGCGCUGCAUCAUCUUGACCAGAGAACGCAGGGAUCAUUUGCUUCAGUCUCUGAAGAAACAUUUUGUUUCGGGAGAGGGUACAAUUUGAUAGUACUUACAUGCUGCAGCCGCCAUCAGUCCUUCAUAAUAAUCUUUAAUCGAAGCAAAAUGGUGCAAAAUAAGAUCACCGAAGUCACUGGAUUCCAUCGCUCUUUCAAGGGCCAAAAUCCCUUUGCGGGUGAUGAAUUCACAAAUGGUUCCCUCCUUAAUUCAGACUUCAAUUUUGAUUCGUCAAAUAGACAUGAUAUUACCUCCAGCAAGCCUAUUGACAUCCCUGAUGCCAAGAAGAGAAAUAAGAAGAAAAAGCGUUGUAGGGCAACUGACAGCUUCUCUGGCCGAUUUGAGGAUGUCUACAGCCUGCAGUCAGAGGUUCUUGGAGAGGGGGCUUAUGCAAGAGUACAGACCUGCAUCAACCUCAUCACUAAUAAAGAAUAUGCUGUGAAGAUCAUUGAGAAGAGACCCGGUCACAGCCGCAGUCGUGUCUUCAGGGAGGUGGAGAUGCUGUAUCAGUGCCAGGGUCACAGAAACAUCCUAGAGCUGGUGGAGUUCUUUGAGGAGGAAGACAAGUUUUACUUGGUGUUUGAAAUGCUGAGAGGAGGUACAGUCCUGGCUCACAUCCACAGGAGACUACACUUCAGCGAGCAGGAAGCCUGCGUUGUGGUGCAGGACAUCGCCAGCGCUCUGGAUUUCCUGCAUAACAAAGGAAUGGCACAUAGAGAUCUGAAGCCGGAGAACAUCUUAUGUGAGCAUGCGGACAAAAUCUCGCCUGUGAAGAUCUGUGACUUUGACCUGGGUAGUGGGAUCAAGCUAAACAGCGACAGCUCUCCCAUCUCCACCCCAGAGCUCCUCACUCCAUGUGGCUCGGCAGAGUACAUGGCCCCUGAAGUGGUGGAGGCCUUCAGUGAGGAGGCCACCAACUAUGACAAGCGCUGUGACCUGUGGAGCCUUGGGGUCAUCCUCUACAUCCUGCUGAGCGGCUACCCGCCUUUUGUGGGCCGCUGCGGCAGCGACUGUGGCUGGGAUAUGGGAGAACCCUGCCACACAUGCCAGAACAUGUUGUUUGAGAGUAUCCAGGAAGGGAAGUAUGAGUUUCCAGAGAAGGACUGGGCUCACAUCUCCUCAAGUGCCAAAGACCUGAUCUCCAAACUUCUUGUUAGAGAUGCCAAGAACCGCCUGAGUGCUGGCCAGGUUUUGCAGCACCCCUGGGUGCAGGGGGGAUUCUCUGACACACUGCCAACAUCCAUCCUACCUCAAAGGAACAGUGCCAAGGACCUGACGUUCUUUGCUGGCAAGGCAGUGGCCAUGAACCGGCAGCUGGCUGAGCAGGCUGUGAUGGCGGAGCAGCAGCAGCUUGACGAGGCUCCCACUGUCAUCACAGCCAGCUCCACUUCCAUGCACCUCUCCCCUCCAUCAAACUCCAAGCUGGCCAAGCGCAGGCAGAGCCUGCUAAAGACGGGGCCUGUCUCUGCCUCUGAGCUCUGCCAGCUCCUCGCCCCCCUCGUCAUCACGUCAUCUGCCUGAAUCACCGCCUUUGACCAUCCCCUCCCACUGAUUCAGAUCUCCAGAUGACCGCUCAGCCUGGCCCCUGCCUCGCCCUGGCCCCAACUCAACCACACUUACUGACUGCAGGCAUGUCCCCCUCUUUAACAGAAGAGACCGCUGCCAUGCCUGGCUCCUAAAGUAUAUUUCAGAGCGCGUUGAUGCAGAGCCAGCAGCCCAAACGCAGCGCAGCUCCACGUAUGAGUCCUCUAUUAAUUGAAAUGUGAUGGCAGUUGGAGAAAUGGCUUGAGCUGCGCUGAGAAUUAGAAAAGUACAACACUGCUGUGUCCACUUUGGACUCUGUUAAAUGCUUCACUGCCUUCUGCCCCAUAGCAGCACUUGUAAAGCACAUUAGCCAGGGCCUGCAUAUAUGGCAUGUCCAGGCUGAGGGGCUGCUGGGCCUUCUAGGGAUUUUGGCAGGGGGGGGCUCUUCAAGCUGUUUUUUUCUUUUGAGUGUAUGGCAGAACGGUUGAACCAAGCUCAGACACCAAAGGACUACCUGUUGUGCUGCUUCCACAUGUUACAACUGGAUCCACUGUGAAUGAAGUUUAUCUGGAAUGUUCUCCAUGUCUGUGAAUGUCCCAUCAGCAGAUGCAUACACGCUGAUACAAUGGCCAAUAUGAAGGGUUUUACAUGUGGAGGUAUUCAGUGGAAAGAGUUCAGAAGGCUGGAAGCCAAUGCUGCCAGUGUCUGGUGCAGUCCAUUGUUUGGAUAAAUUCCUCUUCAACUGAGCCUCCUCUGUACUGUGGGCUUAGACCUUCUACAAAGGUUGUGGCUGUGCCCAUGAGCCUCUAGUACCAGAGAAUGUAUCUAUAACCAGCCCUUAUUACGCUACAAUGCCUACCAAUGCAGUUUCAUAGAUUAAAUGAAUUAUGCCAAACUACCAAUUGCCAUGCAUCAUUCAAUUUUCAUCUACUUUUUCUGAUAUCGGCGAAUUCCUCCUGAAUUUCUACAAUAAUAGGGGUUGAAUUAAAUGUUGUGCCUGCCUCUGCAAAAGUUGCUUUAUGCACUAACCUGAAGUUCUUGGCACAUGCAACUCAUUUGAUACCAGAACAUGAACUGGGUUGGCCUGAUGCUACCCUCAAACAUGGAGCAGAAAAAUUGCAAAUUUGGUUCCCCAUGCCAAAGCUUCCAAUGCCAAAUUGGGUACUAAGUGUUGUCGUCAAACCAUAAGAUGUAUUAAUGUAAACAUCUUUAAAGUUAUUUGACUGCUGUGUAAAGUAAUUAUGCCAUGGCUGUCAUAAUAAUCUGUCUAGUUUAGCGGUGUUAGAAAUGCUAAUUUUAGCCGAUGUGACUUGGCUAAUGUAUUUGGAUUUGUUCAGGGUUUAAUCAGGCUUUUCGGUUAAGAGGUUAACAUGCUAUUGACCUCUAUAAUGUGACACCCUCAAUGAUUCCAAACUGCAUCACAACUGCAAAACCUCUUGGGAGAAAUAAUUUGCAUUAAAUAUGGUGAAGGAGACAAUGGAACAGUCUAAAAAUGGAAUGGUAUUCCAGAAAAGUCUUCCGAGGACAUGUAGCUGUAUUAAUGACUUAUUUAAAAAGUUAGCUAUUUUAUGUUUAACUCCAUGUUAUGCUUAACUGUGCCACUUUUUUUUACAUCUGUUUUUAAGCUUUUUUUUAUGUCAACCUCAUGCAGGUGCUGUUCAGGUGGAACACCAGAUGUUCCUUUUUUAAGAUUCCUUUUUUAAAGUGUGAUGGGGAAGUUUAUUUUUAUCUGGAGCUAAAUUAAUGCCCAGUGAAUGUUCUUUUAAUGUUAUUUUGUAAUGCAAAAGUGUUGGCUACAAUCUGUUUAGAAACAAGUUUGGCUGUUAGGAAGUUGACAAAUUAUAUUACAGUGAUGGGUUCUCAAGACACUGUAGCCAAUGCCAAAGAGGCUAAAAGUCAUAAACAAGUGACAAUGUGCGUGUUCUCAUCACCAAGGAGUACAAUGACUAAACUCAUGAAUGUCAAUGUAGUGUUACCACCGCUGCAGUUUGGUAAUCUUGGAAGAAAUGGCUCCCUUACUGUCAAAAGGCCCAUUAUGCUGAUUCAUGGGACACUGAUUGUAAUCUUUUUAAAAACCUUUCUACCAAUGUAUGUUUCUGGGGUUUUAUGUCUUAUAGUAAGACUUACUUGAAUUUGUGUAUGCAGCUGUUCUUUGUUUGGGGAAACUAACUUGCUAUCAAGAAUCUGAACAAAAGCAUUAAGCUGCGUAAGGCAUUUUUUGGGGUUGUGAAAAUGCCUAUUCAAUAGAGUUUCUGCCUUUUUUUAAAAAUUUUCCCCAGACAAGUGUCUCCCUAUUCUUUUUAUUUAUUUUAUAAUUCUUUCUUUUAGGAUUGUGAUUCUCCGAAAUGCACAUGUUGUACUUACAUCUACGGUGUGUUCUUAGUCAUAACCAUUUCUACUUUUGCCCAAUGCAGUAGUUUUGGACUGCCUUUUAUUUGGGGAGAAUCGAUAGGAAGCAAUCCCUUAAUUUUUGACAUUGCAAGAUAAUUUUGAAACAAUGUGUAAAAUGAGAGAUGUUCAACUGGACAGUCAUAAUCCACUUCCCCACUAUUUGAAUGGCUCCCACAGGCAAUGCAUUAAAGAUUUUAACAAUAACAUUGGAACAUUUGUAUAACUAUUUUAGUUCGAGGGAGGUAACGUAAAUGUUUUUCUACGUGGUUCUCUACUCGAGCCUUCUCUUCGGAGUUGUUGCCACUUGUUUUUAAUUCUGUAUUUUGUCCCAGCCCAAAAUAUAAUAUUUUUUUUUUUUUUUUUAGAAUCAUACUUCUGAGAAACAUUGAAUUGAAAUAAGCACUUUACUGUAACAUGGGACUGAUUUGCAGUUCACGCAAAGAAACAUGACUUGCAGAAUUUUUUUAUUGUUUUUUCUAAAUACAAUAAAUUGCUUUGAACAUAA